AUGGCAGACAACCAUCUACUCAACAGCGACACGAACCCGUCCAUGCAGACAUUGAUCACCCUCAAACCCUAUUUUGCCGGCCAGUCAAAGUCGCUUUCCGGCAUUGCGCUUCGUGCGUUUUGCCUCGGGCUCACGCUUGCCUCGUCGCUCAUCCUUACACUGGCCAUUCUCUCCUUCACAGACAGUCCGCUGUGGAGAGCCCCGUGGUUCUUGGGGGCGCUCAGCCUCUUUCACUUCCUCGAGUUCUGGACCACGGCGCACAAGAACACGCUCGUGGCGGGGAUUGACAGUUUCCUCCUGACGGCCAACUGGCCCAGCUAUGCCAUUGCGCAUACCAGUGCUCUCUUCGAGACGGUCAUUGUUGGCUACUUCUUCCCCAACCGGGUACUCGCACCAUCGUGGAUUGUCGUUCCUCUUGGUCUAGGCCUUGUGCUCAUCGGGCAGAUUGUGCGGUCUCUGGCCAUGCUACAGGCGGGAGCUAGCUUCAACCACCACAUCCAGCAGUCCAAGGCCACCACGCACACCCUCGUCACCACGGGCAUCUACUCCGUCUUCAGGCACCCGAGCUACUUUGGCUUCUUCUGGUGGGGGCUCGGAACACAGAUAGUGCUGGGCAAUCUGAUUUGCUUCGUCGCGUACACGGCUGUCCUGUGGUACUUUUUCUACGAGAGGAUCAGAGGCGAGGAGAAGAAGCUCGUCGAGUUCUUUGGCAGAAACUACAUCACAUACCGAGAGAGGGUGGGGACGAAGAUUCCGUUCAUUAAGUAA